GGUACGCUGGCCAUACGCGCCUUGGUAGCUUGUGUCCUGUGGAAGAAUAGGGGCGAGCGUCUUUUUCUGCUUGCUUGCGCCUCUAACUGCUUGGCUGUGUGCUGCAUGCGACUCGAGCUGUCUUCGAUAGAUGCCUGCUGACGCGCAAUGGUCAGCCCAAGGAUUCACAUGCGGUCAUCAGAAGGUCUAUGUUGAUCUCAACUACGCGGAACAAUCAUUUGAAGGAUGGACAGAGCUUUCUAUCGUACCGCUGACGGCUUCGCUCUCAUCUGCCUCGCUUCACUGCUUCCAGUCGGAGAUAACAGACUGCCAGGUUAAUGGUCAAGGAGCCGACUGGCUUCAUGGCAAUACACUCAAGUCAUCAACGCGGAUAGCCAACUCGACGGCGCAUCAGCACGAUCAGCUACGACAAAAGUUUGGCAUCUUUAACCGCAGCAUCAAUGCCUGCGAUUUGCACAUACGAUUUCCUGAAGGUGUCCGUGUCACGUCACAGCAGGAGGACUACUCGACUGCGUCAAGAGAGACGCGAAAUGAUGGCGCUGCGGAGGAUAAUGAUGAUGCCGAAGGUAAACGCGGCCUUGGACCCGCAACACCAGCUCUUGCAAAUUUGAACCAAGGCGGUCCAGGGAAAGUACACUACAAGCCCAUUACAGUCAAACUGUGGUUCAAAGGGUCGGCACCGUGCCUGGGCAUGCGUUUUGUGGAUUGCGAUGCUGGUCAGGCAUAUCCGCAUGUUUACACAUCAAAUAAUCCCGUACCUUGCAGCACAUCCAUGUGGCUGCCAUGUCUUGAUGGCUGGUGGGAAAGGUCUACUUGGGAACUGGCAGUCUGUGUACCAAAAUCCUUGGGCGAUAUCUUUAAGCGGAAAGGUGUCAUGGACACGAAUGAAGACGGUAAUGAGGAGGGUGAUGAAACGUCACGCGAUCAAAUACCCUUCACCGUGGUCAGCUCGGCAGAUUUAAUCGACGAGACGGCGAGUCCGGAUGAUCCUUCGUGCAAAAUCAUUUCCUUUGCGCAAUCUUCACCCACAGGCGCAGCACAUAUUGGAUUUGCGGCAGGUCCCUUCAUCAAGGCAAAUCUCGCAGAGUAUAGCGAUGGCGAGGAGCACUUAUCCACCAAUGCUGGUGCAGAAACGUUUGGCUACUGUCUUCCCGAUCAUGUCGCUGAGAUGAAGAGCACAUGCUAUGUCAUGCAUCGCGCCAUGCAAUUCUUUGUGCGAGACUUUGGCAGCUAUCCUUACACAAGCUACAAAAUAUGCUUUGUGCAAGACAUGGAAGUCGAUGGCGUCCAUUUGGCAUCGCUGACGUUGUGCUCAUCCCGACUGCUCUACUCGGAACGCAUGAUUGACCCCAUCUAUUCAGUAACCAGGCAGCUGGCUUUCCUCUUGGCGAGUCAGUGGGUCGGUGUCAAUACUGUACCCCGGCUAUGGUCCGAUAUCUGGCUCACGAUGGGUCUCGCACACUACAUGACUGGCCUUUUUCUGCGGUCGCUGAUGGGUAAUAAUGACUACCGCUUCCGACUGAAGGAGGCUGCAAUGAAGGUCACUGAGCAAGAUAUUGGCAGACCGCCAAUCUCCUCGCGAGAUUGGGAUUUGCCAAUUGAUGAAAGGCAGCUUGCCUUCAUUGCACUGAAGGCGCCCGUUGUCUUGCACUUGCUUGAGCAACGCUUAACCAAAGUGGGAGGUAAUUUAGGAUUAAUGCGCGUCUUGCCAAAGAUCUUUCUACAGAGCAUGAGUGGUGGGCUUGUCAAUGGACAGCUCGGUACCAACCACUUUCUACGGCAGUGUGAAAAAGUUUCACAUAGCAAGCUCGAGGACUUUGCAAGGCAGUGGAUAUUUGGAUUCGGUUACCCGCGCUUCUCAGUUGUUCAGCGAUUCAACAAGAAGAAGAUGGUGGUGGAGAUGGGUAUCCGGCAGCUGCAAUUCGCAGAUGACGGGCGACAACCCCUUGAUGAGGGACGCUUCAUUGACCAAGCCUACAAGAGUCUGACGAAGCCGCCACAGCCGCCCGUGGAAGCAGUUUUUACCGGCCCAAUGACGAUUCGCUUGCAUGAAGCAGAUGGCACGCCGUAUGAGCAUGUUGUUGACAUUAAGGAGCAGUUCACAAAGCUGGAUAUUCCCUACAACAACAAGUAUCGACGGCGAGCAAGGACGAAAGCAAAGAAGGCAAAGCUUGCAGACGGUGAGGACGAAGAAGCCACAACAGACAAUAUCAACUGUCUUGGUGAUGGUCUGCAAAGUGAACAAGAUGUUGUGCAGUACAAGUUACAAGAUUGGACAAAGGAAGACGAACUCAAAAUGUCGAGCGAGGCUUUCGAAUGGCUGCGCAUGGACUCAGAGUUUGAGUGGAUCUGCACCAUGUCUGUUGGUCAGCCCGACUAUAUGUUUCAGUCGCAGCUGCAGCAGGACCGCGAUGUCGUCGCUCAAUACGACGCUGUGCGUUACUUUGCCUCUGCCAAGCCGUCAUUUCUGGUCUCUACCAUCUUAUUUCGCACACUUAUGGAUGAGCGCUACUAUUACGGCAUUCGUAUGUUGGCUGCCGAUGCGCUCAGCAGGGCUGCUGUCUCGGAACUCGAUAUGAGAGGGGAAUUCCACCUGCUGAUGGCAUUCAAGGCGCGUUUCUGCUUCACUGAGUCUGAGCAAUUUGUCCCACUUGACAAUGACUUUUGCAACUUUGCAAAUUACUUCGUUCGAUGUGCCAUCAUUCGAGCAUUAUGCAAUGUUCGCGUUGACGGGGCUGCGACGGCGGCUGUGCGCAUGUUUAUGCUGACACAGCUCAAAUACAAUGACAACUUCAACAAUGCAUUUGAUGAUAGUCAUUACGUCUCUACGCUUUUACAAGCCUUGACGGAUGUCUUGAUUCACCGCAAUCUUGAGCUGGCCGGCAAUCCUCUUGAGCAAGCUGAUUUUGCUGAAGACUUUCAAGCGAGUCUGGCAGAACUCGACAAAUGGCAGCGACUGGACAGAUGGAUGCCCUCUUUCCAGAAUGUAACGACGCAAACCGUGCUGUCUUGCAAGGAGCAGCUGAUGCGUGCAAAUCUGCUGCAGCGCUCACUGAAGGAAUUCCUGUUCUUUACGCAAGAAGACCACUAUGCUCUUGUGCGAUUACAGGCUUUCAAGUGUCUCAUGGGCCUGGCCGCACUUCGAGAAGCGUCCAUCGUGCGCUUCCUCUUCUUCACAAUGAAGCACGACGAGUCUGCAUAUGUGCGUGCUCGGCUCUCGGAGAUUGUGCAAUAUGGCUUUGGCUGUUUGGCAUUGCAUGCUCGCUCCGGCGACGGCAAUGACAAUGCUGUGGAUGCGUUGAUUUUUGAGGAAGAUGCAAGUGAAGCAGUUGCUUUGCGCAGAGAGCGAGAGAUGCGCUCAACCUUGUCUGGCGCCAUGACUGCACUCCGUCAAGAGCUGUCUUGGGAUAGUACCCUCAAGCAACAACUAUGGUCUGUUGCGAAUGGCUGCACCCAUCUCAACCCACUCAUUCGCAGAAAUAUGCUCGAUGUGUGCAAGAUCCUUUAUGAACCUGUUGCAAGCCGGAUUCUCAAAUUCACAUUGCCAUCCAUGAAGGCAAGAUUACGUGCUCGACACUUGGGCAAUGGCCGCGUCGUCAUUAACAAGGUUCGACCACUAGAAAAGUAUCAAAAGAAGGCUCCUGUCAAAAUCAAACUGAAGCUGUUUAAUUCGGCAGCGAAGCGGAAGAGUCUUAUGUAGCCUAAUAGAUCAAUGGAGUCCUUCAUGCAAAUCUUGACGCUAAAUAGA